UGGGUUUUUGUCUCUGAUUUCGAUGCAUAAAUUUGUUGGCGUGGGUUAGUUUAGUCUCUAAUUAUUUACAACAUAUAAUCAGCAAAAUACUCUGCUCGAGUCUCGUAGAGUCCGCUCGAGCCUAGUGCUCCCGAUUAGUGGAACGACUACUUCAGCCAUCAAAAUAGAACCUUCUUCGUGUCUCCAACAAAAUGUCUCAGCAGUACAGUUUACGAUGGAACAAUCACCAGCCGAACUUCAUCAGCAUGUUCACAAGUCUGCUGAACACGCAGACGCUGGUUGACGUCACACUGUCUGCGGAGGGCAAACAAUUGUUGGCACACAAAGUCGUGCUCUCAGCUUGUAGUACAUAUUUCCAAAGCUUGUUCGUGGACAAUCCAUCUCCACAUCCAAUCGUUAUAUUAAAAGAUGUCACAUAUGCGGACCUCCGCACUAUGGUCGAUUUCAUGUACUGCGGCGUGGUCAACGUCACCGAAGAACAGCUCCCUAAGGUGCUGGACACUGCUAAACUACUUAAGAUAAAGGGGCUGACAGAGAUGCCGGAUUCGACGUCACUGACACGCGCGCAGUCUGAACGAAACGGCACUGAGCAAGCGGACUCUCUAGAUUCGCAGAGAGAAUCGCCCGCCGAGUCGUCAGUUAAUAAGAAAAAGAGACGCAGGAAAAGCUCGUCGGGCUCGAAUGCGGUGAUGGAGAGCGAGACCCGCACCGAGGCGAGCCAGACAGUCGAGCCCAUCACGUUCAGCAGCGUGCCGCAGCGGCGGUACAACGAGAUACGUACCAUCGACAACUCGCAACAGACACAAGAGACCCCAGAGACGGCGGACCAGUCGGACGUGAUGGUGGACAACCCCGGACAGAUCCAGACCCAAGGAGGCCUAUGGACAGCGGUCGAAAACUCGUACCCGCGCUACACAAACGCGUGCCUGGGCGCGGGCAUGCUGCAGAGCGAGCCCGGCAUGGGCUACAUCGCGAACGUGGGCGGCGCGCAGCACCUGGCGGGCGACAUGCACUACGCGCAGGCGGUGGAGCUGGCCGGGCCCUCGCCGGGGCCCUCCGCCGACAAGCCGGCCGAGCCCGCGCGCGCGCGCCUCGCCGCCCGCCGCAAGCGCGCCACCAACCCGCAGUCCGAGGAGAACUUCCAGCGCGCGCUCGAGGCCGUGCGCUUCGGCGGCAUCGGCUUCUGCAAGGCCGCCAGGCUCUUCGGCGUCAACAACAGGACGCUCUGGCUCGAGUACAAGAAGAAGGGCUACCCCAACAACAGGCCCAGCAUACGGAGCAGGAUCAAGAAGGAGCACAGGCAGCCCUCGCCCAAGUUCAAGCAGGAGGAGUCGCAGCAUCACAUGCUCGUGUGCCCGCAGCAGCAGGUGCCCGCCGCCAGCUACGUGGAGUCCGGCCCGCACGGCUUCCCGCUGCAGGGCGUGCCGCAGAACACCAUCAACCUUCUGGGAACGUCCGUCACCUUCAGCAACAUCCAAUAGAACGGGGCCUGCGGCGUGUCACUAGACGAGUCCUACUCGUUGUGACACGAGUGGCAAGGCGCGGAGUACGGGCCUCCGCCCUACUACGUGCCUUCGCCCCCGCACCCCGGCUUUCAAAUUUUGAACUUACACUAUUAGGAAUAGUUCCGUAUGGUCUAUGAUGCGUUGGAGGACGGCCUGGCCGCACAAAUUUUACGAAUUCCAUCUGCAAUUACAUAUAACGUGCAAUUUUAGGAACAUCCAGGGUUGUUCAAUUAGCCACUGCUGGUAUUUAGAGAUUUUAUUUGGUACUUAUUAACAACACUUAGAUUGAAGAAAAACAAAUGUAUGGAACUUAUUAAUUCUGAUAAAAUAUCUUCGGAAAAUACCAAUAGGAUAUAGGAAUUAAAUUAGUUAUUCUAGUUAUUACUUUAUGUAAUAUUUAGCAUAAUAUUUAUGAACAAAAUAAAGCAUUGAUCUCAUCAACCCAGGAUUAGGACUCAGAUUGUGUAGCAUGAUCUUCAAGUGCGGUUUAAUACAUGUUUCCAAUGGAAACGUUCCAAUUUCGUAUUUCAUCAGCUCUUUGGUUAGCAGAUGUGGGAGUGAUAGAAGUACAUAGUGUAUUCAUUUAUUGAGAGCUGUUGAAAUCGAUACGAGUCUUACUUGUUUAUAAGCACUUCUUCACACUAUCGCGUGUUUUAAAGUUGUAAUUCGUAAAGUCUGUGCAGUUGUGUUGCCUCCUAGUAUCUCGAACUAUUAGUAUAGACGUAGGCUGUGGCGUACUGUAAUGCAUUUGUCGUUAACGGACUUUGUUUCGUCUCCAAACGAAUCCUCAUUUAUCUCGGGUCUCAUCGCGGACCUUUGAAGGACGCCGGCGUUUUGCAAUCAUGUUAUAUAUAUUUUUUAUUAUUGCAGAAAUGCCAAUUUAUAUUCUUUACUUUAUUUUUUUGGCUCGUUCGAUUUUGAAUGGGUUCUGCGUGUACUUUUUUAUACCUUGUAAAUGAACGGAAAACUUUAUUUGCAUUAAGAUUACGGAAACAGUUCUAAUUAUUACGUUUAGUAAUAGCAGUCAGUUGAUAAGAGAACGAACGUUUGAACGAGCUUCGUUUAGUUUAGUCCCAAGCUUUGAGGCCUAUUUUGGUGAUAACAGCGGUCAUAUGAUUACUCGGUAACGUGACUGCCAUAGUUUUACAUAGUAGUAUAGUACCUGCCAGCGGGAGUGUACUUAGUGUCCGGUUUAUACCUAGAUUUAGGUAGCCAUUUUUUUUUUUACAUAUACGAAUUAGUCUUCUGAGCUGGUAACUUAUUCUACAAUCUAUAAAAAUAGAUUGAAGUAACUGUUUUACCAAGCAUCUCCAAAUUGUUUAUAUUUGAGAGACGAAAGACUUAACCUAAAAUUUUUGUUCAAUACCAAUUUCCCGAAUUGAAUAUUUGGUUUAUUCACAUUUGAUUUUUUCUUUUAAUAUUUUUACCAAAGUUGGCCUUGGAGUUUGUGUGCGCACGGUUCAGUGUUCAGUGAUUAAUUUAUAAGUAACAAGUGGCAGGUUUCAAUCAGGUUUGAAUUCGUAUCUACCUCUCUAUAUAAGUAUUUUAGUUUAUUUUUUUUUGCGGUUUCGUUCACGAGUCACCAAAAUCCAAGUACCUAUGGCGUGUUAUUCGCGUUGAGCAAUUCAAAAGUGUGGCAAUGUACUAAAAGUGUUAUAUGGCAACAUUAUUUUUUGCACAAAUCCUUUUUUUUUCUUGUUCAUGGCUCGUUCCUUUCUUCUUUAUACUGGUUUCUUCUUUCUACUGAGUUUUUUUAUGAAAUUCAAACUUUAUACAUAUUUAUUAUAGAAUUUGUCGUUUAUGGAACAGCCAUUCAUUUUAAAGUUAUUAAAUUAAUUAAAAUACAUUGUCACACUCGGUAUAUUGAAUUGUAUCUGGGGAACACAUAAACCGACUUUAAUCUUUUGAUAUUUUUUUAUACAGAAACUUAUAUUAUUUAGAAGCAGUGAUAUAAACAUGCCGCGGACCGUUCGGAUGAUGCACUCGGCCUCUGUGCUUUUACGUUGUGGAGACUGAUUUUUAAAUCGCACAUUUUUUUUUAUUUAGCACUUUAUUUUUGGAACUUUUUCGAAUACGUUAACGGCAGCUCGUGCCCAGAUAUAUCAACAUUCAGGUAUUCAAAUCGGCCGUGAUCCGUGAAGACGCCUGUAUCGCAUAAUACCACAAUCGAAAACUAUUCAAUCAAAUUUAUAACUUUGAUUUUGAUACGAAAAAUAACCUGCUUUUAGGAGCGAGUUUCCCAGUGAUGAUCGGAAUAUUUUACGCACAUAUAGAGUUUUAAUAUAGUAAAUUUAUCGAAAUUUAAAUUGUAUACAGGUUUUAGAUUAAGAUUAUAUAAGCAUUUUUAGCGAAACCGUUUACUUAAUACAACCAGCCGACCUCGAUUGUGGUAUUAGGAGCUUAAUUAAUGAACGCUUGUAAUUGUAAAUUUAGUAACGAUUUGAAUAUUUGUCGUAAUAAGUGUUAAUAUUGAAUAUUACCAGUGAUCUCGAUCGUGUAAAAUAGUUAGACGUGAAGUGUAAUUAUGCAUUUAUAGUGUUAGUUAGAGAUAGGUUAGUGUACACGGUGCCACGUUUGAUGUUGUAUGUCGUGCAGCUUGUCUCGCGGCGGCUCCCGACCCGCGCCCACGAACGCUUACCGACAACUGACUGGACCGAGGAACAAACUGCCAAGAUUCCUCUUAGGACGAUAUUUUUUAUACAUUUUUCUUUCAUACACCCAUUAUAUUAACUAUUGGUCCAGUCAUCAAUUCAGACGGUUGGCUGUGAUAGAUCAAAUUCUUUACCCGGAUCGGUAAUCACGUUUUUCCGGUUUAGGACUUCUUGACAGACGUAAAACGGUCUCCCCUAUAGAGGGCGCUGUCGGCGUAUAGUUUGCCUUCACCUGCUUAUGUUGCAGUUUGAACAAUGUCAGACAUAUCCUGAGUAGUCAGUGUACUAGUAGUAUAUCAUAAACGUCUUAGGGAAUAGUAUUUUUGUACAGAUUACAGUAUUUUUUAAUAUGCUAGCCAAAAUGUAUAUCAGUUUUAAUAUUUAUAAGUGUAACGUAAUAAUAAUCGCACUUAAUCACAUCGGCAGUACUUUAAUGUGAGACGAUAACUCUUUGAUUUCGGCUAGUCAUUGAAAAUUAGCCCGUUAAUAACUACCUCUAGUGAUACAGCGUUAGUUUGUAAACAUGCAUUACCUUUAGUUGUAAAUAAUAAUCAAUUAAGUUUCUUUUCAAUUGAGAAGGGCAUUCGUAUUUUGUAUUAUUUUUGUUCCUGAUGAAAUGGCCGCGUUUUCAGCCAAGUAUAUUGAGAGCCAAUAGAAUCGCAUUACCAGUAGUAGUAUUCGUUUAAGGCUAGGUUAUAGGAACGCAGACUGUCGACCAGUUACGACAGGUCUAUACGUAGGCAGUAACUGGUUCCUUUCUACGUAAUGUAUGUGUUCUGAAGGAGGGAUGUCGAACCGCUCGCGAGUACAACAUGUGAUGUAGACACUACCGUCAUUAUACGAGUUUAUGAACUAAAUAAUUAUGUAGUAGAUAUUAUAUUUUUCUAUUCGCCUAGAUUUACAACGAUAAUCAUCAGUUUCGGCGUUUGCGAUCUCUGUAAAUUUUGAUAAUUUAGACUGAUUUUUUGUUUUAAUUAAUUUAGAAAUUUCUCUCGUUUAGGCCGGCAACUAUGCUGCUUCGUUUCGGAGGUCAUUCAAAUGUAAAUACAUGUAUAUAGUUGUUUAUCCCUGAAUGUUGCUCUGAAUAGGAUGUAUCAUGAAAGACUGCUCAGAAAUGGGAUGCUUACUUUAAAAAUGUACAGAUGAUCUCUAUAGUCUGGAUUAUUUUUUUUUGUAUUUUUUUUUGUAUCAGUAUUCAAGGUUACAAGCGUAGUUUCUUUACUUGCAUUUAUUAAAUCUUUAUAAUUUAAACUAUAAAUGUAAAAUGUAAUGUUACGUGUUUAGAUAGUGUAUUCCUAGCGGUGACGGCUGGGUUGCACGCCUCACGCCGCGCCGCACUCGGGCCGCGGGCAGGGAGGGGGAGGGGGAGAGGCCGGAAGGGGGAGAGGGGGGAGCAGCUUACAAGGUACAGUGCCGAGUAUACAAUAGGUGUCCCAAGCGCCCGCGCCCCGAGUGUGACGCAGCCGACGACUCUCAUUCGUAUUCCCCCGCUGUCUUGUUUAAGUGCCAUUUAAGGUGAUUUAUAAGUAUUAUGGUGGUCAUGAUGCAAUUGGCCCUGAAAUAUCGAUGUUACCAGAUAACAAAAAUUUUUAGUUACUAAAACUUGAGUGGACGUAAUUUUGCGUACAUUACGACUGGCAGACGUUGAUGAUGAGUUGUCACUGGCCAUACUUGUAUUAUUGUCUAUGUUGAGAUACUUAGUAAAGUAAGUCUCACUACGUUCACGGGCCCAGUAGCAAUGUAUCGCAAGAUCGCGUGCCGCCAGGCGAAAUGAUUUAUACCAGUGUUUGUCAAACUAGUAUUAUUCCUGUAAAGUUUAUUAUGAUAUUGUAUAGCCGUGGAGCUAGACUAACCAGUCGUGAGCAUUGACCUAGCGGCGUCACGCGAGCGUCACGUACGAGUCGGGUUUCGGGCGGCGGACCUAUGUACAGAACCUUUAGUAACGCUUACUAAAGAUCUGUGAUUAUAGUAUUGAUAGAAGCAAUAAUGUCCACGUGAUAUAGGUCGGCCAUAAGUUACGCACGACGUUGUGAUACAAUGUUGUGCGCGUGAAAGCAAUAUACAAGUGUUUAGGUUAGUGUGGCAAUGGUCACGACUGCUGGUGUCAAACAAGGUUGGUCAGAAAGGGCAAAAUUAUGAAUUUGUGCGUAGCACUAAACUACCAAAA